AUGCAAUCGACCGGUUUAGGUAGCGGUUUUAUCACUGGUACACCAGCUAAUGUAAGUCUUAGUGAAAUGAAUAAUCUACUCAAUACAACAUUAUCAAAACGAAUUAAUUCGUCAUCAACUGGACCAGGCGCUGCUAAACGUCUGUUAGCUGCACUUGAGAUAACUUCAAAACGUACAAACAGUCGAUUAUUUACAAUGCCAGAAAUUAAUACUAUUGCUAAUGAUAUUCAUAUUGCUUCAAAUUGUAUUAUGACUUUAUUAGAUCGAUUAAAUGAAUCCGGUGCAAUACUUAAACGUGGCGCUAAUCUAUAUAAACUUGUGUAG